UGUAAAAGUGCAGAUGAUAACAAUUUACCUGUGUUAAAAUCCAAACAAUUAUUAUGUCUAUACAAAAUUUAAGUUUACCAUUGACCUUAGAGAUAAUGUUUUGUACAAUAGCUUCACCUGAUAAAAAAAAAACAAUCUACUGGAAGGCCUACAUAGGUAAUUCCCAAGCAGACGAUGGUGUCCAGGAGCAAGAUGCUGCCUGUAUUGUUCAUUCUCAUCUGCUGCUGUACAAUAUGCCCAUCCAAGUCAUACAACUGCGGCGACAACCCGAUGCAUGUCUUCAAAUAUAUUGUGCAAUCAACAGGGAAAAACUUCGAGUACUUCAUCAAGAACAUGAGAGAAGACAAACUUUCCGACUACGACAGUCUUAAGAAAAGUUACGACAACUUCCUGGACUGUACGAGAGCCACCCAGACCGGCUACUACAAGCGCUCAAUUAUGCGACCGACAAAGUCGCCUUCCGGCUCUUUGAGUGCGGACUUGCUGAACAGCUAUAUCAAGGAAUCAACGAUGCGUUCUCAAAUGAGGCAAAUAAAAGCCCAGGAGGCGUCGCAGAAAUUGCGGUCUUUCAGAGAUGCACUUCACAAAAUGACACCUAUCCUAAUGGAGAUAUCGAACAAGUUUAAAAAGAACGAUUAUCAACUGGAGAGCGGGGAUAAUUUGAUAACAGAUCCCCUAAACGAAUUUACGAAAAACAAUCGCUUGGAAAGUCGUGAUAUGUCGCUUACAGAUUCUCUCCCAGUGGUAAUAAAAAGGCGAGUAAUGGUAUCGAAUGAUGAAUGACCCUCCCUUACGAUGAGUUGUGUCGGUACCGCUGAACGAAAACGCUGUUAGGAAUACGAGUUCAUAAUAUUAUAAAUGAGCCGUACUCUGUGGAAAAGGGGUUUAAUGAAUGUGCGUAAAGUGUCGUCCCAGAUUUGUCUGUGCAGUCUACACAUGUUAAUCAGGGACGACAAUUUCCGCUUUUAUUGCAAUAUUUAUUUCAUUUAAGACUUCACUUCAAGAAAUUCUAGUUUAGGCGAAAAGUGUUGUCCCUGAUUAGCCUGUGCGGACUUCCCAGGCUCAUCAGGGACGACACUUUAUAUAAUGCAUUAAAACGCCUUUUCACAGAGCUCGGCUCAAUUAUGAUACCGUCGUUUUACAAUUUAACGAUACUUUCUAUAGGGCGAUUGUGCAGUUCACUAGUUUGUUACUUGUUCAGUGUUCUCUUAGUUUAAGAGAUGAUUUUUAGUGUACUGCAUUUAUUGGACUAAGGAAGAAGACAAGAAAGAAAAUUGAGAUAAUUUAUCAAUAAUUAAAAAUUUAAUUAUAUUGGGACAUUAUAUGAUAAACUAUUCAUUACAUAAACAUUUGCCAAGAAAACAUCUAUUAAUCUAUUUGAAUUUAGUGUAUAAAAUUAUAUAACCUCA